AUGUUGUCCAUGCUUGCGAGAAAGGCUGCUUUCAUACACAAUCAACGUUUCCUAGUGAAGUUGAGUGCAUUCAAUCUAUGCUACAACUCUCUCACCACUGUUCCCAAUAAGGAUGAUGUUGCUUCAGCGAGUUCUCUAUCCGAACCACCUUCUGAGUAUAAUUCUAGUAGCAACCUUCAUCUUUCGCCGUUUUUGUCCAACUUCAAUCACCCCUCGAGUGGAUUUGAGAUUGAGCUUGUCGACCAUGAUGCUUGGGGGGUCUCCUCUGUGGUGGCACAAGCCUGGCGACAAGGGGAUUUGGCUGCUUCAGAAGCUAUUUCUUGUGGUCAGCGUGUCAUUGAUGAACCCCUAGAUUCUCAUUCCACGGAUGUGGAUGAUGAACUUGAUUUUGAAGACAUAGACAACAUGAGAGUUCGUGGCAGUCUGUUUUAUAAGCUAGAGCGUAGUUCCAUGGAGUUUGAAGAGUAUAAUCUAGAGUUUCACAAGAAGAAAUCAUCCAAGAAGAAAAACAACAAGAAUGAGUUAAUCAGCAAAGCUAAAGAAGCUAAAGCUAAAACAAAGCCAAAUGUGAAUUCCAAUGAUCAGAAGCUUCCCAAAGUUAAUGAUUUUGAAAGACACAGUAAAAGUGUUGUGCCCCGGAUGGACGAAAUCAAUGACGCGUCUCCUGAGAACAAGAGACAGAGGGUUCCCACUUUUAACCAGCUUACAGGUCCUUAUCAUGAACCAUUUUGCUUGGACAUCUAUAUAUCGAAAGCCUCUGUCCGUGCCUGCAUUGUUCAUAGGGUAACUAGCAAGGUUGUUGUUGUGGCACAUUCUAUUUCAAAGGAUCUCAAGUUUGAUCUGGCUUCAACCAAGAAUAAAACCACUUGUGCUGCCGUGGGGAAAAUUCUGGCUCAGAGAGCAUUGGCUGAUGAUAUUCAUGAUAUUAUUUACACUCCAAGAAAAGGAGAAAGGGUGGAGGGAAAACUUCAGAUUGUUCUUAAUUCAAUCAUUGAUAGUGGUAUAAAUGUGAAGUUAAAGAUUAAACAACGACACAAGAAGAAGUCUUUCAGCUCACAUUUUAACUAG